AUGCUGGCCGGCGUGCCGCCGUUCAGGGCCAAGAGCCGGCAGGUGCUGCAGCAGCAGAUCACCACCGCCAAGGUCAAGUGGCCCAAGUUCCUGUCACCCGCGGCGCUGGCGCUGCUCAAGGGCCUCCUCACGCGGGACCCCCAGCGCCGCCUCGGCGCGGGGCCCGACGGCAGCGCUGCGAUACGCGCACACGCCUUCUUCAAGGCGCGCGCGCGCGCGCGCGGCAUCAGCUGGCAGGCGCUGGAGGAGCGCCGCUUGCCGUCGCCCUACAAGCCACCAGUGGCGCAUUCGUUGUCGGUUGAGAACUUUGACAAGGUGUGGACGGAGCAGCGGCCCGUGGACAGCCCCUGCGGCUCCCCCUGCAACCCCGCGCACGCCGGCGCCUUCGAGGGGUUCACCUACGUGGCGCCCAGCUUCCUCGCAACUUCCAGGAUGGAGGCCGCGCUGGCGGCGGCCGCCGCCGCCGCCGCGUCCGCGGGCGCCGCUCCCGCGGAUAGCGCGAGCGCCGCAGGCGAUGCGGCGUGA